AUGUCUGUGGUGGUACCUAAUGGAAAGUAUCUAUCUAUCUAUCUAUCUAUCUAUCUAUCUAUCUAUCUAUCUAUCUAUCUAUCAUGCAACAUGUAUCCCUUCCUCAACAAUAAUAAUAUAACACCUACAUUCACUGGGCAUUCUCCAUUUCAUUUUCUCUUCGGCCUUCUUUUUCUUCCUCUUUUUCUUCUUGUUCUUCCUCCUCCUCCUCCGCUCCUCCUUCCCCCCUGCUGUCCCACCUUUUUUUCUCCCUCGACGUUUCAGUCUAUUUUCCCCCUCAGUGUCUCAUCUCUUUGUUUCUUUCUUUUCCCUACUUUGUCAGGCUGUAAUCCUCUUCCUUUACGAAAUGCAAAUCCAGCGUCCUGCCUCACUGGCUCCACUGACAGCUCUCUCUCUCUCUCUCUCUCUCUCUCUUCAACUAAUCCUUCUUUCGCUGUUUCUCACUCCAUGACUAAUGCCAAACUGUUCUUUUUUUUCAAAUGGAUAUUGGCCGCUUGUUUGAUCAUCGAUGUUUUAUUUCUUCUUUAUCGACUUUCUUAA